AUGUGGCCCAAAUGGCUUCGACAUUUUGAGCGCUAUAGGAUCGCUUCUGGUCUUCAAAACAAAUCAAACCAGGAACAAGUGGGAACAUUUCUCUAUGCAAUGCGGGAUUGUGCGGAUGACAUCGUCAAAACGCUAAGCAUAAACGAAACAACGGCUUCCUUUGACGAGGUCAAAACAGCCCUCAAUGGUUAUUUUGCAGCCCGCCGCACCACAAUGUUAUCGUUGAACGAGCACGGUUCAAUCGACGAAGACAAAACCCCGGUGAAUUCGUGGACACCUUUAUUCAAGACUUACACCGCUUCGCCGAAAAUUGUGAGUACGGAACUCUUAAGGAUGAACUUCUAA